AUGCCUGAUUUUAAGACGGGCCAGAUUGUGCAGCUCAACGAUGGCCGCAAAGCUACCGUGCGCUUUGCUGGCCAAACAAGCUUCCAGGUCGGCGAGUGGAUAGGGGUUGAGCUUGAAGACAAGACAGGCAAAAACGAUGGCAGCGUCCAAGGCCAGCGCUACUUUGACUGCCCUAUGGGCUAUGGCAUGUUUGUCAAGCCCAUGAUGGCGACCAUCAUUUCGCAGCCCCCCGCGGCUGCCAAGCCAGGAGUCAAGAAAGUCGCACGUCCAAGUAGCUUCAUCAACCCCACCGCCAGUCGUGCCUCUAUCGGAAACGAUGCCACCCUGAAUAGACGAAAGAGCCUUAACGCGCCGAGCCCGAGUCCUGUUUCUAGAACGACACGUCCUGCUAGUAUCGGAAGACUUCCAGGUUCUGCUUCUCCGAGCAAAUCGCCGACAAAACCAUUGAGCGCUGCAUCUAGUGCCGCAGCGUCACGAACCGGAACACCGUCGAACGCAAGAGUUGCAUCAGCUGGAGCGCGAACUCGUACAUCUGUGUCAGCUCAACGGACGUCUAUGGGACCCCCCGCAGCCCCCGCAUCACGAACCACGAGACAGGCUUCAGUGUCAUCUGCAGCACCCAAAGGCGGCAUAUCACACACCCGUUCAGCAAGCGGCAGAGCCCCAGCCCUCGCUGCCGGUUUACGACGCCCAGACCCCGGUCGACGACCUUCAGCGGACUCGCAAGCUGGCUAUGAGAGUAAUACAGGCUCCCGGAGCGGCGGAACUGCCCCGAACUCACCCAUCAAAAGCGAUGCCGAAAUCCUGUCGCCCCAACCAAAGAGCCCCGUCAUGGCUAAGACGAAUAAUUUGGAGAGGAUGGCCGCAGCGUCUUCGGCGGCGCAAAGAACGACCGCUCAGGCGAACAUGCCCCGCUCAGUUUCCGGUGGCUUGCCGAAUAAAGAAGUCGAAGAUCUGAAGGCAAAGCUGAAAGUUCUGGAAAGGAAACGCCUGGAGGACCGCGACAAGCUGAAACAAUUGGACAAGAUCCAGGCCGAACGAGACAAAUUCUCCGAUGUCAUCCAGAAAUUACAAGCAAAGUACCAGCCACAGCAACAAGAAUUAACAGACCUUCGAAAGCAGCUGAAGGAAGCCGAAGUAAAAUUUGACUCGGUGGAAACUCUUCAAGCUGAACAUGAUACUGCUCUUGAGCUGGCGACUCUUGAUCGAGAGAUGGCGGAGGAGAAUUUCGAGGUUCUGAAGGUUGAGCUUGAAGCUGUGCAGCAGAAGGCUGAAGAGCUCGAACUGGAAGUUGAGAUCCUCCGCGAGGAAAACGCAGAGUAUAGUAAGGGUAUGACGCCCGAGGAGAAAACGAGUGCGAACUGGUUGCAGAUGGAGCGAACAAAUGAGCGUCUCCGUGAGGCUCUGAUUCGACUGCGAGACAUUACUCACGAGCAGGAAGAAGACCUGAAAGCCCAAAUUGCUGUGCUUGAAGAAGACGUUCGCGACUUUGGCACCAACAAAGAAGAGCACGAGAAGACGAAGGAAAAGCUACAGCAGUCCGAGGCUGCAGUUGAUGACCUUCGCUCACAACUGGAUACUGCUCUUGGUGCCGAAGACAUGAUAGAAGACCUUACCGAGCGAAACAUGAGCCUGUCGGAGCAGAUGGAAGAGCUGAAGGCUGUAAUCGAGGAUCUGGAGAGCUUGAAAGAAAUCAACGAUGAACUCGAAAUCAACCAUGUACAGAAUGAGAAAGAGCUUCAGGAAGAGCUCGAUUUCAGAGACAGUGUUAUUGCUGAACAAGCUCGUCGCGCCGGCCAACAGGAGGAGAAUUUUGAGGACAUGGAAUACACUUUGUCAAGGUUCCGUGAGCUGGUCACGAAUCUGCAGACGGAUUUGGACGACAUGCGAGCCUCGCAGGCUGUCACGGAGGGCGAAUCGGAGAAGCUGAACGACCGAUCGCGCGCCAUGAUGGAUCUAAAUAUGAAACUGCAGAUUUCUGCUGCCAAGGCCCAAGUCAAGACGAUUGAUUUGGAGAUGCGACGCCUCGAGGCCCAAGAGGCAGAGCAGCACCUUGAGAUUCUCAAACUCUUCCUCCCCGACACAUACAAGGAAGAGCAAGACUCUGUUCUUGCACUCCUACGCUUCCGCAGGCUCGCAUUCAAGUCCAACCUACUCAGUGGGUUUAUCAAAGAAAAGCUCAACGGACAACCCCAGCCCGGCCACGAGGACGACGUGUUUGCUGGUUGUGAUGCUGUUGAUAAACUGACCUGGGUCGCGGCAAUGUGCGACCGUUUCUUCAACGAUAUGAAUCACUGCUCUUUGGCACAGUUUUCUAGCUACCAGAACGCUUUACUGGAGGUGGAACCAGUUGAGCGCGCCCUCAACGGCUGGAUCGACAGCCUGCGCAGGGAUGAUCUCAAGGAGAAGCAGUGCGCUGAGGCGCUACAGCGCACCAUUGCUCUGAUGUCGCACCUUGGUGAAGUCCACCUCACCGAGGAUGCGCCUGGACACGCCGAUGAGUCUCACAUGAAGGCUGUUGUUGUUCAAAGCCAUCUUGAAUCUGCAGCGACGUCGCUCAAUGCUAUUCGUGUCAUGGCUGAACGUGUCAUCUCUGUCGAGGGUGCCGAUGAGGAGAUGACGCAGCUACUUACCAAAAAGUUCGAAUCUGUCAUCACCCAGACUCGGAGCACCAAGGUGAUUGCAGGCAAGGCCGUCCGCGCAUUGGAGGACCUCAAGACUAGAUCUCUCUCUCUCGCACCAGAGAGCCGCGAGCUGUUUGAGUCAUGCCGAACCGCUAGUGAAGGUAUCGCAAUCUUGUCUCGCAAGAUUGGCAUAGCGCUCCAUGCACUCUUCACUCAAGACGAAGGGCGUACUGAUCCAUUCACCCACUCUGAUGUGCAAAAUACUAUCCACGCUGCGGUACUGGAGGCUACAUCUUGUAGCGAAUCUGACAUGUUUUCUCAGUACCUCUCCCAGCUGCGUAACCUCCAGGCUCAGGUGUCGGAAGUUGUUGGCUUGGCCACAGACCUCAGCCAAACUCGCGAGUUUGAUGUCAGCCCGGCGCCUUGGAAGCUCCGCUCCCAGGAGCUCAAAGCUCUGAAGGCUGUGCCCGUUGAUGCUGAAGAGGAGCUACGAAGACUCAAGGAAGAACACAGCGAAGCCCGCCGUACUAUUGCCCAGCGCGACGAGCAUCUCAGCACUGCCGCGCUCAAGAUCGAGACCUUGGAGUCCCGCAUGCGCGACGCACAGGCGAAUAUUGAACGCAUCAAUGCUCUACAGAAGGAUCUCGAAACUUCUACAGAACAGGCUGCCAGUCUCAAGGAUGAUAUUGAGAAGCAAGACCGAGAGCUAAAGAUGCUCGAAUCGGAGCGUGAUAAGUGGAAGAAGGUUGCGAGUGACAGCCGCGCAUAUGCUGAUGGCGCUGAUGCUGCUGGUAACAAGGCUGGCCAGGAGCGCGCCGUUGCUACAGCCCGUGAGAUGGAUGAGCUCAAGAACGACGUUGAAAGUCUGCAAUCUGCAGUGCGCUACCUGCGCGAGGACAAUCGUCGCGCUCGACUGACGGAGCAGCAAAACUACGACUGGCUCGCCGAGCCACUCAAGAAGCCUGCCAAUGCGGCUGAACAGCGCAAAGCCCUGGUGAUCGCGGAGGGCAAGGACGUUCUGAGCGAGCUCGUCAAGAUGACAUCGUCGGCCGGCGUGUUCAACUACGGUUCGAUCCCCAAAGACAGACUCUCAUGGCGCUCGGCCAAGACGACACCGCAGUACCAAGCAGCAAAGCAGACGGAAGAUUUCGCAGCCUGGAAGUCGUGGCAAGCCUCGGUCGUCAAGAAGAGUGAGUCGCUCCUUCUGCCUGCUAUUCGCGGCAGUACCGACAGCGCUCGUAUAAAACCCGCUGCUCGGCUGCAAAUUCGCCUGCCUGGGCCGGACGGCAAGCUGCUGAAGUCUGGCUCCCGAAGCAGGGUGCAGAUUGUUGGAUCGCGUGAGUGGGAUGCGCUGCAGAGCGCAAGAGUUGCCGCCGUGUAA